AGAUGAACCUGCCUGCCCAUUUGUUACUCUCACAUCUAAAGCCAGGAUUUCCACUACAGUUUAGUCCUAUAACUCUCUCUCUCUCUCUCUGCGCACAACUAUUUCGGUUCGGGUUUAAUUCUUUCACCAUGAAGGUUCAUCCAGUAACAAGUAACGUAUUGUCUCCGGCGAACGGCUCAGUUUGCCGGAAAAAGAAGCUCCGGAGACUACCUCAUAUUUUUGCCAAGGUUCUAGAACUUCCUUUUCAUUCCGAUUCUGAUGUUUCAAUCUACGAAACUUCUGAUUCGUUGCGAUUCGUCAUCCCAACAGAUGAUGUCGGCGAUAAUAUUAGAGCUCACAUCGUUGAGAUCUAUCCGGGUGUUACUAAGAUUGUUAUCCGAGCUGAUAACGUUUUUGAUUCUUCAUUGGACCUCGACUUGUGGCGAUUUCGGCUUCCGGCCGCAACUCUGCCGGAACUGGCUAGUGCCCGUUUUAGUGACGGUGAGUUGGUGGUCACGGUGCCCAAAGGGGAGGAGGAAGACGACGGCGAUAUCGUCGGAGCAGGUGGUUUUGUUCUCGUACAAUAAUCCUCUUUUGUUUCACUCGAUUGUUUUUCCAAGUUUUAGUUUUUUUUAGUUAAUUGUGGCUGGUCCUGUCAAUGGGAUGUAAUUUGAAUGUUUGAAUUGAAUGUUCGCUUCUCUUUAGAUGUAUAUAUGAUCAUAGGCACUUUAUUUUGACUUGUUGCAA